AGCUGGCGGCCCUGGACGCCAGCCCGUCGUGGCGGCUGCGGGACGUGCUCGCAGGGACGCCUGCGCAAGGUGGCGCGCCAGGCGGCCAGAGGCGGGUGUUCCUCGGGGAAACGGAGCUUCGCGGCGGCAGGACCCUGGCCGAGAUCGGUGCCACUGGCGGCAGCGAGCUCACUCUAGUGGCGACCUUCGCGCUGAAGGUGCUGACCGCCUCUUCUGACCUCACUGCGAGGAUCUGGUGCGCGGAGUCUGGCCAGUGCCUGCGCACGCUAGGGCGCCACGACAGUUUCGUGAAGUCCGCCGUGUUUUCGCCGGACGGAUUGAAGGUGCUGACCGCCUCAGAUGACGGCACGGCGAGGGUCUGGUGCGCGGAGUCUGGCCGGCGCCUGCGCACGCUGGAUGACCACGACAGUUUCGUGAGUUCCGCCGUGUUCUCGCCAGACGGGCUGGAGGUGCUGACCGCCUCCAAUGACGGCACGGCGAAGAUCUACUGCGCGGAGUCUGGUCAGUGCCUGCGCGCGCUGGAUGGCCACGACAGUGUCGUGAAGUCCGCCGUGUUUUCGCCGGACGGAUUGAAGGUGCUGACCGCCUCCAAUGACGGCACGGCGAAGAUCUGGUGCGCGGACUCCGGCCAGUGCCUGCGCACGCUGGAGGACGACGGCGUGGUGUCCGCCGUGUUUUCGCCGGACGGGCUGGAGGUGCUGACCGUCUCCCUUCGUGAUGGCACGGCGAACAUCUGGUGCGCGGAGUCUGGCCAGUGCCUGCGCACGCUGGAUGGCCACGACGGUUGUGUGAAGUCCGCCGUGUUCUCGCCGGACGGGCUGGAGGUGCUGACCGCCUCCCUUGACGGCACGGCGAAGAUCUGGUGCGCGGACUCCGGCCAGUGCCUGCGCACGCUGGAGGGCCACCGCGGUUACGUGCUGUCUGCCGUGUUCUCGCCGGACGGGCUGGAGGUGCUGACCGCCUCUUCUGACUGCACGGCGAAGAUCUGGCACGCGGACUCGGGCCAGUGCCUGCGCACUCUAGAGGGCCAUAACGAUGUCGUGCGUUCCGCCACGUUCUCGCCGCAGUGA